CUCAGAGAAGACCUGCAAAGAUGACUGGGCACAUAAGAGUGACACUGGACUGGUAUGCAAGGAAGAUGCUAAUUUUCUGCCAUGUGUAUAGGGCCUGGGCAGAGUGAGGCAGAGUGCGGUGCUGGAAUCUCCCCGAUCCUCCUAUGGAUAUCAGCAGCUGCCACAUCUGGAGUCUGCAGCAAAGCUCCUUCCUCCAGAGGCCAAGAGCUGAGCCUACUGUUUCCAGCAAGCCUAAUCAAAAUGUCCAGUUGUAAAUCACUGGAGAUGUUGGCUGUGGCCCUCUUUACUCUUACCUCUUCCACCACCUCUCUGCCACCUUUUACAGAUGCUGGAAGCAGUAUAAGAAAGAGUGCUUCUCAUGCUGGCCUCCUGCCAGAGCAGUGGUGCCAGGCUCAGGACCUCAAUGUCAUUCGAGUGAGGAGCCCAAAACUGAACACAGUACUUGAGGUCCUCACCAGUGCUGAGUACAGAGGGACAAUCACCUCCUUGCUCCUGACCAUUUCUGAGGCAAGAUUAGAUGCCACUGGCUUUCUUGACCGCCUGGGCACACUGCUGAUUGCUGUUCAGCUGAAGAGAGCAGCGCUAGGUGAACCGGAGCGCGGACGGGGGCCGUGGCGCCGUUCCCUGCAGCGCUGCUGCCCGCACCGAUCGCUUCUGAAGCGGCUCGACCGCCUCGCGGUGCCGACGGGGGAGGGCGAUAGCGCCUUAACGCCCCGGGUUUGCUAA